AUGCUAGAAGAUUUUGUUAAAAACAUCAAUUUAACGCUCCAAAUGCUCGAGCAUUUCUAUAAAAACUUUGCUCAUGAUGAUGCGAAAAAAGUCGCGAAAUUUAUUACAAUCAUCGAUAGCAACCUUAAACAGAUAAAAUCGACUAUUGCGGCUAGUACUUUCACGUUUUCCACUGGAGAGAAAAGACAACUUGCAACGCUCGCAGGUAAACUGGAACGCUAUAAGUGCCUUCUGAAGCAGCAGCAGCAAAAACAAGAACAAGGAGCACCAUCCGGAUCGUCGCUUGGUCGUCUCCAUAAUCGAGAAGAAGUCGAAUGGAGAGAUUUGGCUACGGCCUUUAAGUCGAGGGUGAGCUCAAGUAUUAUAAUUAAUUGCGGCCAUAAAACGCUUGGCACAUUUUUUAGCGAUAGUUUUAGAUUAUUUUCAAGUAAGAUUGUAGGCAUUUUUAAUAGAUAUAAUCAACCUUUAAAGGUGAAUUUUGAAUUUUGCGCUGAAUUUGUUAAGCCAUGCGUAAAUAACAAUGAUAGUGAAAAUAAUUUAGUAUCUAAGGAAUUUAGUUUUAACACAAAAAAUUUUAGCAUUUUGGCCUGUGACUUGAAUAAGACAAAUUUAAAAAAAUUAUUUAAUGUCAACGUAGUUGAUAAUCUCAUGAAUCGUCUGCUCCAAUUCGAAGAACAGGAAAGUGGUUGGGCGUUAUCCAAAAUAAUUUCGUUAACUGUGAAUGUUAACACCAUGACUUUAAUAAGGGCAUCAUCAUAUAUCGAUUUACCGAAUGAAAUUAAAGCCAAACAGGCUAUCAUUAACGUUAAAAACAACGACGAAGCCUGUUUUGGAUGGGCAUUAUCCUCAGCUCUUUUUCCUGCUGCCCGCCACUCCGAUCGUGUUUCUUCUUAUCCUUACUAUGGCCAAAUUUUAAACUUUGAGGGUAUUAAUUUUCCCGUGUCAUUACCUCAAAUUCCCAAAUUCGAAAAACAAAACCCAGAUUUAUCUAUAAACGUGUACGGUCUAAUUCGAAAAUCGGUUAGCAAUUACGUUACCGUUCCACUAUAUUUAUCCAAAGAUAAAAAAGAGCAGCAUGUAAAUUUAUUAAUGAUUCAAGACGACUAUGAAAUCGAUAGGAACGAUCUUGAUGAUGCUUAUAACGUUGAUAAGUGUCAAGAUAAAACCAUAAGAUUCCACUAUUGCUGGAUUAAAAAUUUAUCUAGGUUGGUGCAUUCACAGUUAACGAAGCAUGAUAGGAAACUGUAUAUUUGUGAUAGAUGUUUACACUAUUUCAACUCUCAGGCGAAAUUAGAUAAUCAUGAGUUGGAUUGUAGGAAAAUGAAUAAAUGUAAAUUGAAUACGCCAAAGCCGGGCACCACCAUCAGUUUUAAAGACUAUCAAUUUAAACAGACCGCUCCAUUCGUUAUGUAUUGCGACUUGGAAUGUUUAGUUAGUGAUUUUCAGGAAGGCGAGACACGCGACACGGUUAAAUAUAAAGAACAUAAAGUCUGUAGCAUCGCAUAUUAUCUCCACUGUACAUUUAACAACUCUUUAUCGAAACUUCGGAUGAAGAGGGGAGAGGAUUGUAUUAAUUGGUUCACAACCGAAUUAGGCGAAAUUGCCAGUACUUUGCAACAAUAUUUCGAUAAUCCCAUGCCAAUGGAACCAUUAAGCGAUAUGCAAAUGCUAGCGUUUAAUGCGGCCACUCAUUGCCACAUUUGCCAAGGUCAAAUAUCAGAGGAUGAGGUCAAGGUCAAAGAACACUGCCAUUUUUCAGGAAAAUGGAGGGGGGCAGCUCACCAGGUAUGCAACCUUCAGUAUAAGGCCCCCCACAUGAUCCCCAUAUUUUUUCAUAAUUUUAGCGGGUAUGAUAGCCAUUUUAUUAUAAAAGACCUUGCUCAAGCUAUUCCCGGUAAAGUUACACUGCUACCAAAAAAUAAGGAACGAUACAUUUCUUUUACUAAAUAUAUGAUAGAUACGAACGUGGAAUUCAGAUUCGUAGAUUCCUUUCGCUUCAUGAACGAAUCUUUAGACAAAUUAUCAUCCUAUUUAAAAUUUGACGAUUUUAAAAUUUUGCGCGCCACGUUAAACCAUUUAAGUGAAGAGCAGUUAAAGUUGUUGACUAAAAAAGGCGUUUAUCCUUAUGAAUACAUGGAUGAUUGGAUGAAAUUCUCAGAAACGGCGCUUCCCGCUAAAGAGCAAUUUUACAGCAAAUUAACGCAAUCGCACAUCUCAUAUACUGAGUACACGCAUGCGCAAAACGUUUGGCAAAAUUUUAAUAUUCAAAAUUUAGGGGAAUAUAGCGAUCUCUAUCUGGUGACGGAUGUACUAUUGCUAAGUGACGUUUUUACUAAUUUUCGAGAAAAGUGCAUUACGACGCAUAAACUAGAGCCUGCAUUCUUUUAUACUGCUCCGGGGUACACAUGGCAAAGCAUGCUCAACUAUACAAAGGUAAAAUUAGACCUUUUAUCCGAUAUAGAUAUGAUACUAUUCGUGGAAAAGGGUAUAAGAGGUGGAAUAACCCAGUGCUGUACAAAAUACAGUAAGGCUAAUAAUAAGUAUAUGGAAAAUUAUUUUGCAGGGAAGCCUUCCUCUCAUAUCCUUUACACAGAUAUGGUUAAUUUGUAUGGAUGGGCCCAAAGCCAGUGUUUACCGCAAAAUAACUUUAAAUGGCUUAGCGAUGCGAAAUUAAAAUCACUAACACCUGAAGUGAUUUCGAAUAUAUCGGAUGAUGCCGGUCAAGGCCUUAUAUUGGAGGUGGAUUUAUCAUAUCCACAGCAUUUGCAUAAUCGCCAUAAGUAUAUUCCAUUUUGCGUUGAGCAUGACACUCCACCUGGUGGUAAAAAUAAGAAACUGCUCGCAACCUUAGAAUCUAAAACUAAAUACGUGAUUCAUUAUCGUAAUUUGAAACAAUGCCUUCAAGUAGGGCUUGUGCUUGAAAAAGUUCACCGCGCGAUAAGUUUCAACCAGUCUCGUUGGCUUAAACCGUAUAUAGAUUUAAAUACGAGGUUGCGAGCGCAGGCCAAUAAUCCGUUUGAAAAGAAUUUGUACAAGUUGCUAAACAACGCAAAUUUUGGAAAAACCAUGGAGAAUGUGAGAAACCAUAGAAUUAUCAAGCUGAUUACUCGCUGGAGCGGUCGGUAUGGAGCUAAUUAUUACAUCUCCCAGCCGAAUUUCCAUAGUAGGGAGAUUUUCGAUGAGGAAUUAAUGGCAAUCGAAUUAUCCAAGGUCGAAAUCAUCAUGAAUAAACCUCUCUAUGUUGGGAUGGCUAUUCUAGAUAUUUCUAAAACCUUAAUGUACGACUUUCAUUACAAUUUUAUGCAGCAACAGUUUGCAGAUGAUUGUAUGAAAGUCUUGUACAUGGAUACUGAUAGUCUUGUAUAUGAGGUAAUAUGUGACGACGUAUACGAUGUGAUUCGAAACAAUAUUGAGCGGUUUGAUACAUCCGAUUUUCCCGAAGAAAACGAGUUUAACAUUCCAAGACGUAAUGCUAAGGUGAUAGGUCUAAUGAAAGAUGAAAUGAGCGGUAAAGUGAUUACCGAGUGGACGGCUUUGGCAUCGAAAAUGUAUAGUUUUAAGACCAGAGACUGUGAUAUUAAGAAAUUAAAAGGUGUUAAGGCUAAUAUUGUAAAAAAUAGAAUUAGUUUCAAAGAUUACUUAAAUUGUUUAAGAAGCGGAAAUGUUAAAAUUAUCUCUCAAAGCAACAUAAUAUCAAAAAGUCAUAAAGUAUAUAGUGUGGAGCAAUCUAAAGUAGCGUUGCGCAAUAACGAUGACAAGAGGUAUACACUACCUAAUGGAAUCGAUACGCUACCUUGGGGACAUUGUGAUAUUCCCAUCCAAAUGGAAUUAGAAUAA